GUGAAGGGUAGUAAUAUGAAAAGUUUGUGCUAAUGUUUUGAACUCGAGAAAACAAAAGGAAAGCCUAUAAAUUCCACAUGAAAAAUGUAUCCGAUAUGUCUCAUACUACUAGUGCUAGUGACCCAAGAGUGUUCAACACAAGAUGAGGAGGGUCCCUACCGCGGCAAGUACGUCGGGAAACUCAACUCCUACCAUCACCAGGUUUCAGGUGAGGUGUAUGCGGUAGAUGACUGGACGCUGCUACUGGUGGAGUUCAACUAUGAUGGCACGGGGGACGACACAUUCUUUUGGGCCGGGGACUCCGGACGGCCCGGCCCACUCGGGUUUAUUGUGCCCGAUGAACAUGGGAAAACAAACAUCCUGGAGCGCUACAACAACGCUGAGAUCCGCAUCAAGCUGCCGGACGGCAAGCAGGUGUCUCGCAUCACGUGGUUCGCCGUGUACGACCUGGCGACGCAGAACGCGUUCGGCGACGUGUACAUACCGGAGGAGUUCGAGGCGCCGGCGCCGCGCGCGCUCACGCCGCUGGUUGCCGCGCCCGGCGUCAACAUCACCAGCAAGCCCAUCAAGUUCAUCGACGCCUCUACGUUCGUCAUCCCGGAGUUUUACUACGACGGUUUGGGUGAGGAGGUGUACUUCUGGACGGGGGUGGGCCCGCAGCCGUCCUCGCGCGGGAUCAAGAUACCCGACGAGGAGGGAUACCUGGAGUCUCUGCGGUCGUACGGCGGAGAGAGUGUGACGCUGCAGCUGCCGGGCGGACGAACCGCCUUCGACGUAAACUGGCUAGCGAUCUGGGACGCGCGCGCUCAGCGUCCACUUGCGUCCACCCUGGUGCCGGACGGGCUGAGCCUGCCGCCGUCGGCCGCGCGCGCGCACCCGCACCGUGCCGCGCUGCCGCACUGCCGCCAGCUGCACCGCGACCUGCACGUCGCCUGGGAGGUGUUCGGCGGACAGGUCACCCUGCAGCUCGCCGCGCAGAUCGAUCCUGACGAGUACAUAGCGUUCGGCAUCUCGGGGUCGGAGGAGGGGGCGGUGAUGUUGGGCGCGGACGUGGCGGUGGCGCGCUGGGACGCGGCGACGCAGCGCGGACUCGCCACCGACUACAACAUCACCGCGCUCGCGCCGUGCGUGCGUGUGCUGGGUCGGUGGACGGGCGUGUGCCGGGACGAUCUGAUCGGCGGUCAGGACAACAACCAGGUGUUCAGCGCCGCGCGCGACGCCGGACUCACCGUCGUCACCUACCGCCGCUCGCUGCAGCCCGCGGAGGAGAUGGACCGCGCGUGGUCAGUGGACGGCGUGUGGGCGGUGUGGGCGGUGGGCGGCGUGGACGCGGAGGGCGAGCCCGCCUACCACCGCCUGCGCGGCGGCGCCAAACUCACCCUGCAGCCGCCGGUGGGGAGGCCGGAGAACGACUGCGUGCCCUUCGUCAUCGGGGAGCGCGCCAAAGUCCCGGGCUGGGAUCGCGCGUCGCUGUCAGACCCGGCGCUGCGCGUGUUCCGGUUCGCGCUCGGGCCGGCGGGAGGCGCGCGCGGUCUGGCCGCCCGACGCCGCGCCGCGCCGCACCUCGCCUGGUACGUCAACGGCCAGCUCGCCCCCGACAUACAGCUGCGGAGGGGACUCGUAUACACGUUUAAGGUGCAGGGCGGCGACGACCCGCACUCGGCGACGGAGUACCACCCGCUGGUGGUGACGGCGGAGCCGCGCGGCGGGCUGGAGCGGCGCGCGGACGGCGGCGCAGCGGUGCGCGUGCUCGCCGGCGUGCGGCCCACUCGCCGCACGCGCGCCCCCACCGCCGCUGGCCCGCUGUGCAUCGCCCGCCCGCCGCCCGCGCCCCGCCCCCGACCCCCGCCAGAUACCUUCCGCGCUUACAACCGCACUCUCGCCUGGAGCUGCGCCGCCACCGCCGCCGACCUCGUCGUCGCGCCCAACUCCUCGUGGCCCGACGUCGUCUACUACAACUCCUUCACGCACGCCGACAUGGGCGGUCGUAUAUUCGUGGUGGACAAGCCCCGGCGCGGCGCGCGGUCCGCCGCCUCCGCCCCCGCCCCCGCCCUCGCCCCGCCCGCGCUGCUGCUGCUCGCCCUGCUGCUGUCACACUGACUGAUCGCGACUAACGCAGCGCCAUCAUAACAUUAUAGGCUACUCAGAGUCGAAGCGACGCGGUCAUUCACUUUUCUAUAUUUACCCAGGAGAAAUUUAUAAUUCAAUCAUAGAAAAAUAGUGAAAUGUAGGCGGAAAAACGUCAUUAUGACGCGUCGCGUCACUUCGAUCCUGCGCCAGCGUGAGAUGAGCCUAAUGCGGUAGUGAACAUUUAUGUGUGAACGAAAAAGCAGAAUAUUAUAAAGGUAUCAGU